CCUCUCAGUCAUAACAAUGUAUGACGUGACUGCUCCCUGCCCUCUCAGUGCGGUACAGACGCUAUGGUGGGCAGCACUGGGCACAGACCCCACACCGGGCACUUCCUGACGUCACCAGCACCUGCCCACUUACCUGCCGGACAGACGCGAUAACGCGAGGUGUGGGAGGGAGCGGUGUGGGCGCGGCGUCCUGCACUCCGGGGAGGGUAAGUGCCGGCUGCUGGGAAUAGAACUGUGUACACACGGAGGACACCGACACCAUUACCGGACCGCUGACGGGACUAUACGGGGCACUCGCCGCUAUGACCGCACACCGCUACCUGCUGCUGCUCUGCUGCCUGUGUGCACACUGGACAUGCGGUACCGCACUCUCCGGACUAGGACAACUUCUUGCCCCAACCAACAUAACAUUUGGAAUGAAUGGAAUGUUUUGUCUCUUUUGGAAAUGGGAGAAAGUUACUAGCACUGCAAACUGCUCACUAUCGUACAAAACUGAAAUUUUGACAUCCCCUGCAAAUAUGUCGCCUGGAGGGAAAGAUAAACAUCCGUACUAUACAAUUUUUUUGGAUAAUAGAAUUAAUUUAAACAAGGACCUCACCUUAAAGAUUUACACCCAAUGUGAAGAACAAGCGCCUGUAAUAGUAAGCGCCUCUAAGCUUUUUAUAGCACCACUGGCAACAGGCAAUCCAAAAACUAUGGUGAGAAACAUGACUUGUGUUUGGCACUAUAAGGAAUAUGUAAUUUGCACGUGGAAACCCGGAGAAGUUGCCUCACCCAGUGUUAAUUAUACUUUGCAUUACUGGCUCAAGGAAGAAAAUACUUGUCCUCCAGUUGGAAACGAGGAGCCAACACCGUUUUAUGAUUUAUUAGAUCAAGGGGAACUGUGCCGAAAUUAUACCUAUCACAAUGGAAUACCAGUUGGAUGCCAGUUUAAAUUAGAGAAGAAUUUUAAUGAUUUUUACCGUCUGGUAGCAGUGGUAACAGACAGAACACAAAACAGUAAAGCCUACAUAUACUUCGUCUGUGUCAAUAACAUAGCAAAGUUGAAACCUCCAGUCAUCAAUAAGAUAGAGAGGACUUUGAGUAACAGUGUGCUAGUGAGUUGGAAUGUAUCCAAUACACCUGAGGAUUCAAUAUAUGAAGUACAACUCAACAAAGAAUCUUAUGAGGUCUUUACAGAUCAGAGUAAACAGAUUCCUAAUGCUCUUCCUGAUGUUGCUUACACAGUAAAAGUUCGGGUGAGGUUACAUCAAAAUGCAGUCAGUUUACCUGGCCCACAAAAUGAGAAUUUCCUCUGGAGUGAAUGGAGUGAAGAAAGGACAUUGCAGGCUAUAGAAGGUGGGAAAACCACAUUCACAUUGCUUCUUUUCCUGAUUUCAUUCAUCAUCAUCGUGGUUGUCAUCCUUCUACUAGUCAACGUGAGAAGAUUGCGGAUCCUUAUUUGCCCUCAGAUACCUGACCCUAGUAAAGGAAUAUCGAGUGAUUUUCAGCAUUGGCUACAGUAUGGAAAAUCUGUAUACAGCGAGCCCAAAAAAGAGGAAGUCUGUGUGGUAUCCCUACUGGAAACGUCACCAUCUUCUUCUCCAGUGGAAUAAGAUGUAAAGUGGAAAAUGUGAAGUGAACUAUUUCCGUCCUUUUGUUUACACCUUACGACAGCUGAACUUUAAACACAGGCAUGGUGAUCCAUCGCUGCCACAGCACUUGAACUUUGUGAAAUGCAGAUAAAGAAGCUUGGGAGUGGAGGGCUACAGUAAAUCACUCCUGCUUAAGCAUAUUUGCACUGUAGAGGGAACAGGCAGGACCAUGGAUGCCUUAUUGAGCUUCUUCAAGACACCAUGGACCAGAAUAUUUAUUGAAGGUUCUUUACGUAUGAAGCUGAUCAUUUUCUACCCCUCAUUGGGUGAUAUUUCAUCUGCUUAUAUGUUAGGAACCACAAGCCUCUACAUUGCUGGAAGUGUAAAGGGGUAGCCUGCCAUGCAGUUGUCUCGUUUAUAGGCCGGUAUUUGCAAUAUGACAGCACAAGGGACAGUAAGAAAGUCCUGGUUGGACAAUCGAGUGGGCAAAUUUUGGUUCAAAUUCAUUUUUACAUUCCAACUCGGCCAGUUAUUUGCCUAGGCAUUAUGUAUCUGAAGAGAAACAGUUUGCAACAGGACAUUCUGAAGAGACCUCUACAAAGUCCUGUCACAUGACUGAUCCGGGAUCUAGUCGUCAUUGCUAAGUGAAAUGUUUCUUGUGUGUUAAAUUAAUUUGUUUUUAUAAAGGAGAAGCAGAGGUUUAGGCAUUAAGCUAAGAGACAUUGUUUCCUCAGGAGUCAGGACGUAUAAUCUUCUUUCAAGUCAAAGAACUUUAAAGGUAGACUUACUUUUAUUUUUCUAAUAGAAUGAUAUAAGAAAAAAAUAUUUAAUUUUGUUUUUUAUUAUAAUGAAUUAUACCAUGUGGCUGCAGUAACUGCUGGUAUGACUCUUUUUUAUUGGUGUGAUUUUAUUCUAAGUUUACUGUUCAGUGCCAAUACUUACAGUUAAACCCAAACAAUGA